AUGCUUCAGUCCGACGAAGGACAGAAUGAUUUUUCAAAUAUCAAAAACACGCAGUUAGUAGAUAAUAAACCAUAUAGAAAAUUAAACGACAACUUUUUGAAAUCUCAUGGAUCAAUGAUAAAUUAUAUUCAACAAAAGUUGACAGUUUCAAGGCCACAUGUCGAAGCCGUGAUUCGAGCAGCUGGUUUUAUAUAUACCGAGAAUAACAACAAUUCUGUACGAUGUUCUGAGUGUGGAAUUGAAAUAUCUAAUCUGACAAAGGAAAUGGUCCCAUUUGAUGAACAUAAAAGCAAAAGCCCAUUGUGUCCGUUUGUGAAGAAGAUAACGUGCGUUGAUCAGCAAGAUGGAUUAUUAACAGAUCAAUCGGCGUCGCCUAUCGGAAUCAAACCACUGAAACUACAGAAAACUGAAACAUCAGCAUGUGUCGUAGACGCCACCACUCAACAGAACAAUAAUAAAAGGAAACAACAAAAGAAAGAAAAAUGUUCAUCACUAUCCAGUUUUGUUGCUGCACGAGGCUUGUCUGAACUUGAAACUGUACGACAAGUACGACGUAGAACAUUUUCACAUUGGCCAAAUCAAAUUCCGUCUAGAAACCAAAUGUGUAAGGCUGGCUUUUUUGGUUGUAAUGUUGCGGAUCGUGUAUAUUGUAAUGUAAUAUGCCAGCAGUGGAUACCACACGAUGAUCCAAUUGAAAUACAUAAAUUAUUGUCACCUAAUUGCCCCUACAUCAAAUCACUAGUGAGAAAAACUGAGCAGUCAAAUACUGUUCGAAUUGUUAAUGAAAUUGGCAAUCGUCAAUCAUCUCAAACGGCCUCAGCUACCAACACUAGUAGUGCGACAGACAAGAACUAUAUUUUACGUUGCAAUGAAAUUGUACUAACUGCAGCCUGUAAUAUCAGUUACAUUGAAAUUCCUAAAAGAUUUGCUUCCUUUACCGCAUGGCCGAAGGAUCCUUUGCCAUCCAUCGAUGAUUUGGUGAAGUCAGGCUUCUAUUACACUGGCACAAAAACAAUUGUUACUUGUUUCUACUGCAAUGGAUCAUUACAAAACUGGGGAGAAAAAGAUAAUCCAAUGAUUGAGCAUGCACGCUGGUUUCCACAUUGCGCCUAUGCUCGUCAACUUUGCGGCGAUGACUUAUAUACAAAGAUUCAAAAAUCCAAACGAGCUGCACAAAAUCGAUCGAGUUCUAAUGAACAAAGCAGAGGAUUUUCCAUAUCAAAUAUUAAUAAUAGUUCAAAUGACGGUUCGACAUUAUUAGAAACAAAUAUUUCAAAUAAUAGACAAUUACAAAUACCAGAUGAAAGUACAUUAUCAAGAUUAGUUUCUGCUCGAUUAGAUUUACCGAUAUCACAAAAUUUAUUAAAUAAGAAAGUGAAAUUAUCGGUCAUAAAACGUUGCUACGAAGAUCAAUUGCGUUUGAAAUAUGAUGAUUUUGUUAGUGAUUGUGAUUUAAUGAUGGCUUGUACUAUUCUUCAAAAACAAAUUGACUAUAUUGAUGGAAAAAAAGAAAAUAUUGUUAUACCGAAUGUAUACAUGAAAAAGUUAUGUGAAAACGUAGAAAAAGAAAGAAUAGUUUCAGAGAUGGCUUCAUCAGCCAACGAAUCAUGUUCAUCAAGUUGUUCUACAUCGUCAAUGGAAGCAAAUAGUAGUAAGACAAAUGUCGAAAACUCAAAAGAAAAAGCCCAACAUCAAACAUCGGCAAUAGCACACCCUUGCGUACUUUGUCUAACCGAUGAAAAACGGUUAGCUUGCAUACCUUGUGGUCAUCUGGCUACAUGUGUUCCUUGUGGACAUUCAUUGAAAACUUGCCCAUUAUGCCGUCGUGAUAUUGAAGCCUUCGUACGAGUAUAUAUUUAA